AUGGCUUCACGUCCCUCGACAAUGCGAGCUUGGCAGAAACACUUCGGCAGCACAAAACCCGAGCUCGUCGAAGUUCGUGUACCAAGCGCUCCGACAGAUGGAUUACUUGUAAAGGUACUCGCAGCGGGUGUCUGCCACAGCGACGUUGCUCUCUUGGCUGCCGAACCACGACCGCCAACAUGGCCUAACGAAGCGUAUACGCUCGGACACGAAGGGUGCGGAGAAGUCGUGGAAGUUGGCUCAUCCGUAAAUGACUUCAAGGUUGGUGACAUAGUCGCAAUCUUAUCCGUCGCAGGAUGUGUAAAGCCGACAUGCCCAGAGUGUAGCCGAGGACUGACUCAACUCUGUCAGUCGGGUGAACGAUAUGGUAUUGGACAUGAUGGUUCAUACGCACCUUACGUGGCUAUCAAGGAGUGGUCUGCUGUCAAGUUGCCUGCCGGCGUCAGCGUGGAGGAAGGCGCUGUUGCAACUGAUGCCUGUAUGACUGCAUUCCACGCUCUUGAAACUGGGCAGGUCAAGAAGGGCGAAAUUGUGAUGAUUGUAGGGAUUGGCGGGCUUGGCUUUAACGCCGUGCAGAUCGCACUUUCGCUUGGAGUUCGGGUCAUUGCUCGAGACAAACGCCAGGAAGUGCUCGAUGAGGCGGUGAGAUUCGGCGUCGAGAAGAAGGACAUUAUUCCCGUUGAGCAGUCUAUCAUCGACUUCGUGAAGGACAAACAUCUCGUCGUCGAUACUAUCAUUGACUUCGCAGGGACAGCAGAAACGUUCAGUGCGUCUCAAGAAGCAGUGCGAAUCGGAGGCAAAAUCGUCCAGGUUGGUCUGCUCGGCCCCGAACUAGCCAUCAACAACAUCCUGUCCGUACGCAAGCAAUUGAGCAUCCUGUGCAGUUACGGCGGCACCAUGGACAAUCUGAGAGAGUGUUUAUCUCUUAUUGCGAAUGGCAAACUGCGACCUCAAGUUGUGAAAGGUGACCUGCAGGACUUGCCGCGUGUGCUGGAAGAGCUGCAUGCUGGUAAAGUCAAGAGUCGGAUUGCUCUUGUGCCGUGA